CACGUGACACGGUGACGAUUAUAUCAGGAAGUAACAAACUCAGGAUAACUCAGGUGAAGUAAGCGAUCAGGUGUGCGUUAACUCACAAUGGAGGCUCGCUUCACUAGAGGCAAGUCUGCUAUUCUGGAGAGGCCCCUGAGCCGGCCUAAAACAGAGGUGAGUGUGAGCGCCUUCGCCCUGCUCUUCUCGGAGGUGGUGCAGUACUGCCAGAGCCGAGUGUACUCGGUGUCCGAGCUGCAAGCUCGCCUGGCGGAGCUGGGGCAGCGAGUGGGAGCCAGCCUGCUGGACGUGCUGGUCCUAAGGGAGAGAAACGGCAAGAGGGAGACCAAAGUGCUCAACAUACUGUUGUUCAUCAAGGUAUCUGUGUGGAGGGCACUCUUUGGUAAGGAAGCAGACAAGCUUGAACAGGCCAACGACGAUGACAGGACCUACUACAUCAUCGAGAAGGAGCCCCUCGUUAACACCUACAUCUCUGUUCCCAAAGAGAACAGCACCUUGAACUGUGCAGCCUUCACAGGAGGGAUCAUCGAGGCCAUUCUCACUCAUAGCGGCUUCCCCGCCAAGGUCACUGUCCACUGGCACAAAGGCACCACGCUCAUGAUUAAGUUCGAUGAGGCGGUGAUCGCCAGAGACAAGGCACUUGAAGGCAGAUAGAAGGGAGGCUUAUGGGGGUGCAUGUGGUUGGAGGUUUAUUAUUAGUUUCUCAGGACUCAAAUGAUCUUAUGAUUAAAAAGGAGUUCGUUACAUGUGAGAAACAGGAAUACGUUUGCUAAUUAUUUCAGCUCUGAAGGAAGGUGUGCUAUGUUGCAUAUGCUGGAUUGAUUGACUUGAUAGCUUUUCAGUGGAGGCUGAAUUUGUGAAGUCAAAUUCAGAAUGUAAGCAACACACUAGAAUCUUUUAUUUAAAACCUAGUGCCCUAGUGCUCUUAAAGAAGGGGAUUGUUUUUAUUGCACAAUGUAGACUGAUACCAGCAAUUUCCAGAUCAAGCAGCUGACAGAAAAUGUCCCAUUUCCUCAUAUUCGCUAAAUAUGUGGCUGCAUCUGUAUUGUCAGGCCUGAUGUCAUCACAGGUGUCCACGUUUGUAUUGCAGGGUCACUGCAACACUGCUGCACCCACUUAUUCAAGAGGUGGAGCAGCUUUGUUUGUGUGACAUGUUAAUCCUGCAACUGCUUUAUGGUUAGCAUGUGUUUCUGCUAAAUAAUAUUUAUACCUGUAAUUUGCUAUGAUAAAAUGUAAAAUGUAUAAGA